AUGGAUAAGAUUAAGUGCGUCGGUUUCGAUAUGGACGCUACACUUGCAAUAUACAACUCGCCAAUAACCGAAGAACUAGCCUUCACACUUUCCAUCCAACGUUUGGUUGAUAUUGGGUACCCAAAAGAAAUUCAGGGGCUGAAAUAUAGGACGAAUUUUGUGGUACGGAAUGCUUGGUUCGAUAAAAGAUUCGGAAAUCUUCUGAAGACAGAUGAACACUGUAACAUAUUGACAGCAUUUCAUGGAUUUAAAAAGUUAGACAAGAAGGAAAUCCGCCAGUAUUAUCCGAACAAGCACAUAAAUCUCGAAGAAUCUCGGAUUUUUGUCUUGAAUACAGUGUUCAACGUUCCUGAAACUUUUUUACUCGCUUCUGUUAUUGACUACUUUGAACACCGAACUGAAUAUGAAAAGUAA